AUGGCAACAACCACAUCUCGCGCUCCCGCAUCACCAGACCCUGAAGAACAAGAACUAGACACCGAGAUCGCCUCAAUCCGCGCAGAAAUCCAAAACCUCCAAAAACGCAAGCGCAUCCUCACAUCCAGCCUCCUAACAACCGACCCAAUCCAAAAACUCCUCCGCAAACAACGCCAGCCCCAAGCUCAAACAACCCAAGCAAGCCCAACCGACCCCCUCGAAGCAAUUUCCCCUCUCAUCCACGCCGCCGGCGCACACAAAUCCUCAAACCACCACCGCAUCGCCUUCGGCGCAACAGCCUUCCCAUUCAAAGACCCAUCCCCAACAGCCCCCGCCGGAACCCUCCUCGGCGUGCGCAUAGAUGUAUGCGCCCGCAACGGCCGAUUCGCAAAGCCAUACUACAUCCUCCUGCAACAGGAGCGCAGUCGCGCCAGUUCGGGUGGUUCUACGAAGAUGUUGAAGGUGUAUCGGCACACUGUGCCUGGGUUUAUAUCUAUCGCGAAGCUAGAAGGGGUGUAUCUACCACGACCUCGUUUGUCGCACAGCAAUCAAGACGGGGAUAGGGAUGGUUCAGGUUCAUCUGGCGAGGAUGAUGCUGAUCCUGCAAAACCGUGGAAGAAGAGCGGCAGCUCUACCCGGAAGCAAGACCUGCGAGGGUUUGUGCGCGAGCUUCGGAGGGAGCUUGUGGCGUGGCACAUGCGUGCUGAGGCGGUUGAGUUUCUGCGCGAGAAGUUGGGUCUUAUUAGUGAGGGGGGUGGAUCUUUGCCAUUUGAUGUUUCGCCGGAUCGGGAUACAGGGAUUGUUUCUCUGGCUGCUGUUUCGCUAGAGACGCGGUAUGUGCGGGUUGAGUGGGUUGAUGGACGGGUUGGGCGCUUUAAGUUGUCUAAUACCGGGGUUGUGGAGCGGGCUGUUGUUAUUGGUGAUGACGGCAGAGAUAAGAAGAUCGAGGAUGCAAUGACUGGUGGUGGUGGGAGGGUUGAGACUGUUUUGGAUAGGCUGAGGGUGGAUGUGUUGUCUGGAUCACUGUCACCGUGA